AUUAAAACGCGAAACAUACAGACUCUGAAUCUCGCUCGGAAUUGUGGCUCGUUCAUGCAAAAGCUUGACGAUCACCAGCGCUUCACAAUGGCACUUGCGAGAAAGGAUGUUCCACGGUUGCGCCAGCUCAUCCGACAGGCGAUUAAACACAAAACAAGCAUUCGCAAGAUUGUGAACAAGAUAGAGGAUUGUUUUGACGGGGUAUAUAAGGCCAAAGGCUUCGACACAAAUGAUUUGGAUCUUGCAUUACUGGCUUAUCGUUUGGGCGGGCAAGGACUCAUCUAUGCCUUCAGUCAAGAGAUCGGCAUUCCGUCAAUACGGACUCUCAGGUGUAAGAAGCAUUUCAAGCGGAUCAUGCCUAGCCUCGGUAUACCAACCAAAGAGGACGCUAUUUUCAAUAUGCGUGAGUUGUUCGGGCCAAAGGUCGCUGAUCCCGCUGCUCCCAAACCAUUCCGCUCAGGAAUGUCAGUGCUCUGGGAUGAAGUCAGUCAAGAAGAGGUCGCCUGCUACUUCCCACAUGCCGAUGCUGUGGGUGGCUUUUGUCGCGAACAUUCGCACCUUGUGAACACUCGUCUCACGACAUUUGAAAAUGCGGUCUCGCUUGCAGAAGGGCUCGAUAGUGGUGUCAUGCAUUACGGAAAGGAAGCUUCUGUGAUUGCUAUGGCAUCAUUCGACACUGAUCAUCGUGGUGCUUACCCAGUUCUGAUCUCGCCGACCUGCAAAUCCGAAUCUCCGAAAGACUCUGGUAUACUAAUCCAGAACAUUCUUGACGCAUGGCAGGAGACUUAUGCAAAUGAUCUUGGCCCAAUCUGGUCAUUUGCGACCGAUGGUGAUGCCAGUCGGCGGGUUAUGGCAUAUCAAAAGUUCAUGCGGCACACAAUCAAGCCCUCUCACAAGCUUUUCAAAUAUCUGGGGCAUUUACCAGGUCUUAACCUGUGUGUUGGUGAUACUGACAUUACAGUAGACUUUGAUUGGAAGCAUAUAAUCAAACGUUUCGGACGCUUAUUACGUACUCAAGAAGGCAUGAUUGUCAAUGACACUGUGAUCAAUCCGGAAUCACUGUUUCGUCACUUACGGCGAAGCCCAGACCUGUCAGACCUGGAUAUAGAACACAUGCUCAACCCUGCCGAUGCUCAGGAUGUCCCAAAAGCACUCAAGUUCAUACAAGCUAUAACAGCCAUCCGAACAUAUCCAACAGACAAAUGCACACCGGCAGACCAUCAAGAUAUCCGUAUUCUAGGUGCCGUAGGUGAGAUGUUAUCUGCGUUCAUGGACGCAUUUAUACAUCCAGACUGGUCUCUCACACAACAAUUGACAUCACUAAGCAAGUAUGUACACAUUGUUUUUGUAUUAUUCUGUGAUGGUCGUGGUAGUUUCAUGCCGCACCAGUUAUAUAGUGACAGCCAAGCCUCGGUGAAGACCCAAUACUUCAACACUGCCAAGCAACAACUUCUCAAU